AUGUCCUCCGAACAGCAAUCUACAACCAAAUAUGACCAAGAGUUCGAGGGUGAAACUGUGAUGAGAGCUCUACGGUCUAAAAAAGAAAUCCACGCUCACCUGAUCCACAAGCUUGGAACCAACACUGCCGGGCUUCCGUCUGAUCCCGCACGCACUUCCCUAGCGUUCCUCCGAGACGUUGCCAAUCAACACGGCAUAGAUCUAUCUGUUGAGGAAGUCAAGAAGCAAAAAGGAUGGGUCAACACUCCAAAAGGAGCUUUGCAAAUGUGCAUUGAGAGAGGCUUGGUUGACUUGGAGCUUGUGAAGAGACGAAAAGGGCACUACAUGAUGCCUGGGAGGAAAGAUGCCGAAGGCAAGUUGAUCGAGGGAACAAGCCUCCGCAUGCUGCUCCAAGGAUGCGAUGAUUUCAAGAAGGAAAUCUCUAUGCUAGAGUGGGUAGCCAAGCAGUAUGGAUGGCGAGUUAUCUUCUCUCCAAAGUGCCAUCCAGAAAUCGCCGGUGUUGGCAUUGAAUACGUGUGGUCAGUGUCAAAGAACUGCCUUGUUCGGAUCCCAUUGCCACAACGGAAAGGAAAGGAUCGCUUCACGAAGCAAGUCUUGGAUGUGUGCUUCAACAGUGAGAAGACGCUGACAAAACAAACGGUGCGAGGCUGUGCACAGAAGGCGCGACAGUUUGUAAUUGCCUAUUUGCUUUUACAUGCAGUCGAAGCAGCCAGAGACGAAGGAACCAGCGGCACAAAGCCGCUCACUGGAGAGGUGUCGCUUGAGACGAUGCGAAAAAAGCAAUCCGAGCUGAAGUUUGCGACGAUACGAGCAGCUCAGAAAAUGUAUAAGCGGCACCGAGGUAUCGCCAUGUUUGAUCAUGAAGAGGAGAAGAUAUCAUUCACUAGCAGCGAGAGUAUCGAAGACUGGAUGAGAAAGGAACAAAGGAAGAGUGCUUAA